AUGCCCGACCCAGUCCGCAACGUCCACGCCGCGCUCGAGCACAUUGCCCACCCGUGGCAACCGCACCGCGUCGCCUCAGUCAACAACUACGACCUCAAGGCCGUCAAGCUUCUCGGCGAAUUCGUGUGGCACAAGCACGACGACACGGACGAGCUGUUCUACGUCCUCUCGGGACUGUUGCGGAUUGAUAUGCGGGGGCACAGUGGAGAGAUGACUGUCGAGCUUGGGCCGGGCGACGUCUAUGUCGUCCCUCGUGGGGUGGAGCAUCGCCCGCGGGCGCAGGAGAUGGUCACGGCGCUGUUAUUUGAGCCGAGCGGCGUGGUGAAUACUGGUAACGCUGUGGGGUCGACACUGACUAGUGCUGUCCACGAGUUGAAGUAG